AUGAAUUUCUCAGUCGAUGGCAACGUCACACACGUCUCUCUCAACGUCAGAGACACGUUUGUCACGGCUUUGACAAAGAACAUUAUUGUGGUGGCACUGUGGAUCUCCAUCAACUACAUCAAUGGCACAUUUGUCCACACCUUCUUGAAACACGAGACCUUCAAUGUCAACCCUCGCUACAUCCUCUUCAUCCACCUGGUGAUCAAUGACAUGAUCCAAUUGACCAUUGCUGUCUUCCUGCAUGUCAUAAGCUACAUCCUGUUCACAAUCAAUGUGUAUUUUUGCUGCUUUCUUUUGAUGAUCGCCAUUUUUACCACUCUGAAUACUCCUGUGAACCUGGCUACCAUGGCCUUAGAGCGCUAUAUAGCUAUAUGUAUACCGCUGCGCCAUUCGCAGAUAUGUACAGUGCGCAGGACCUACAUUCUCAUUGGCAUCAUUUGGAUCAUGGCCGCCAUUCCAAUUUUGCCUGACCUUUUCAUUCUCUUGGCCACAGAACCACUUCAGUUCUUCCACUCCAAAAUAUUCUGUAGCCGAGACUCACUUUUCCGCAACCCGUACCUGAUAGAGAAGAAAAACAUUUCCCACGCUGUGUAUCUGACUGUUGUUUGGUUCAUUAUUUUCUAUACGUAUUUCAGGAUCAUGUUCACUGCCAAGGCAGCUAAUGCGGAUGCCAGGAAGGCUCGCAACACCAUCUUGCUUCAUGCUGUACAGUUGUUAAUGUGCAUGUUCACCUACAUAGGCCCUUUGAUUGACAGCCUGAUGCUAUAUAUAUUUUCCACACAUGCGCUGGAGAUCCGGUUUACUAGCUAUGUAAUUGUUCAUAUUUUGCCCAGGCUUAUUAGUCCAAUAGUUUAUGGGCUUAGAGAUCAGACCUUUUGUAAGUAUCUGAAGAGGUACCUGAUGUGUCGGGUGAAUGAGCAUUUAUCCUCAAAAUGUGUCCCUUUCAAACACCACCAGCCAAGGGAAAAGGUCUUUAUAGAUCACAUAGCAGGAUAAUUCUUCUCCAUGUGUAU